UCAUAGCCAGUAAUCAGUAUUGUUACUGCAGUUGACCAGUGCAGUUAAGUUUUACUUGUGGUUUAUUUUUAUUCCGUUCUUCAUAUUAUUAUAAGUUGCAGUUAAAUUAAUUGUAUAUUUUUUUUUACAAUGAAACGCUGUUUAGAAAAUGAUGACACCAUUAACGAACGAAAUAGAGGUGCUUCGUCUUCUAGAAGUAGACCAACACAUAUUAAUGACUAUCUUACAAACAAUGCUGAUGAAUCUGAAACUCAAAUACACUCAAUUAAUGAAACUACAGAUUCAAAUGAUGAUAUUAUGACCAAUAAUACUAGUGAAAUCAAACAAAAUGAAAUAUCUUUAAAUGAAAAGCGAACAGAUUAUUUAAGUUGGGAUGAUCUUUUUAUGGCUAUAGCAUCUUUGACAGCCAAWUUUGGUACAGAUGUUGGUGCUUGUAUUGUUGACAUGGACAAAAAAAUCGUAGGCAUAGGAUAUAACGAAUUGAUUCAUGAUCCUGGGUUAGAUUUUGAUUUUCUGAGGAUGUGUGAAUGUUCUGCCGAAAUGAAUGCCAUUUUAAAUAAAAACUCUAUAAAUGUACAAGACUGUACCAUAUAUGUAUCACGCUAUCCGUGUAAUGAAAGAACAAAAGUUAUUAUUCAAUCGGGUAUAAAAGAAGUAGUGUAUUUGGAGCCACGUCCAAAUCUUGCUUCUAAAAAAAUGUUUGAUGCUUCCGGUAUAAAAAUCAGGAAUCACACACCAAAACAGACGCGUCUUCAUUUUAAAGAACCUAACGAAAAAAAAUUAAGCUUCGAUGAUCUUUAUAUGACUAUAGCAUACUUGAUAGCUCAACGUAGUAAAGAUCCUGUAACUCAAGUCGGUGCUUGUAUUGUUGACUCGGACCACAAAAUUGUAAGCACAGGGUAUAAUGGAAUGCCUACUGGAUGUAACGAUGACGACUUUCCAUGGGGUAAAAGUGAUCCAUCGGAAUUUAAAAAAAAAUUUAUGUAUGUAUGCCACGCUGAAAUGAAUGCUGUGUUUUAUAAAAGUUCUAUAAAUGUAAAAGGUUGUACCAUAUAUGUAUCGGUUUUUCCGUGCGUAAAAUGUGCCAUAAUUAUUUUAAAAUCUGGUAUCAAAAAUGUAGUGUAUUAUUGGGAUCCAAAAUCUGGUAAAAAAAAAAACAUAAAAAUUAAAAGUAUGUUUAAGUCAUAUGGUAUAAUCACCAGAUAUCACCAGCCAAUUCAGAAUACCAGACUUGAGAUUUCAACAACUGCUUAAUACACCAGACAAUUCAUAUUAUACACAAUUUUAUUUAAUAUAUAUUUUAAGUGAAGAAUGAUAAAUUUGUGUAUAACCAAUAAUAUUUAAAAGUUAAAAUUAUCUUUGACGAUUGUUAGUCACUUAUUAUUUUCUCUGUUAUCAUUAUAAAAUAUACCAAAAAAUAAAACGACAAAAAUAUGUGA